GGCGGCGGCGGCGGCGGCAGCGGCGGCGGAACCGCGGCCACAGAGUCUGCAACAGCAACCGAGCCAUGGCUGGAGCUGGCCAGCGGCGCGGGCAAAAAGCAGCCGCCGAAGACGCGCGGGCUGCGUCAGGGGAGCCGGGGGCCUCAGAAUUCUAAGAAGGAAAGGGCGAGAGGGGGCCAGGGGCGGGCGGGCUGGGGGCUCCGCGCUCGCCCAACGGCACGGAUCCUUUUUGGAAAUUAAUAUUUAAAAAAAAGCCGAGGACGCAGAGGGGAAGGUGGGGGCAAGAGGGAAGGCGAGACACUCAGAGAGGGAGACAGAGCCCCACAGUGAGAGGAAGGCAGGCAGGCAGGCAACAGUCGCCGGCAGCCGAUGUGAAGACCGGACUGCGUGCGCCCUUCGCCGCCUUUGCCCGGCCUCAUCGAUGUUGUGUCCGCCGCCCGCUCGCCCGGAUCACGAUGAACGCGCAGUUGACCAUGGAGGCGAUCGGCGAGCUGCACGGGGUGAGCCAUGAGCCAGUGCCCGCUCCUGCCGACCUCCUGGGCGGCAGUCCCCACGCGCGAAGCUCCGUGGCGCACCGUGGCAGCCACUUGCCCCCCGCGCACCCUCGUUCCAUGGGCAUGGCGUCCUUGCUGGACGGCGGCGGCGGCGGCGGCGAUUACCACCACCACCACCGGGCCCCCGAGCACAGCCUGGCCGGCCCCCUGCACCCCACUAUGACCAUGGCCUGCGAGACUCCCCCAGGUAUGAGCAUGCCCACCACCUACACCACCUUAACCCCUCUGCAGCCGCUGCCGCCCAUCUCCACCGUCUCGGACAAGUUCCCCCACCAUCACCACCACCACCAUCACCACCACCACCCGCACCACCACCAGCGCCUGGCGGGCAACGUGAGCGGUAGCUUCACGCUCAUGCGGGACGAGCGCGGGCUGGCCUCCAUGAAUAACCUCUAUACCCCCUACCACAAGGACGUGGCCGGCAUGGGCCAGAGCCUCUCGCCCCUCUCCAGCUCCGGGCUCGGCGGCAUCCACAACUCCCAGCAAGGGCUCCCUCACUAUGCCCACCCGGGCGCCGCUAUGCCCACUGACAAGAUGCUCACCCCCAACGGCUUCGAAGCCCACCACCCGGCCAUGCUCGGCCGUCACGGGGAGCAGCACCUCACGCCCACCUCGGCUGGCAUGGUGCCCAUCAACGGCCUUCCUCCGCACCACCCUCACGCCCACCUGAACGCCCAGGGCCACGGGCAGCUCCUGGGCACGGCCCGGGAACCCAACCCUUCGGUGACCGGCGCACAGGUCAGCAAUGGAAGUAAUUCAGGGCAGAUGGAAGAGAUCAAUACCAAAGAGGUGGCGCAGCGUAUCACCACCGAGCUCAAGCGCUAUAGCAUCCCACAGGCCAUUUUCGCGCAGAGGGUGCUCUGCCGCUCCCAAGGGACCCUCUCGGACCUGCUGCGCAACCCCAAACCCUGGAGCAAACUCAAGUCCGGACGGGAGACCUUCAGGAGGAUGUGGAAGUGGCUGCAGGAGCCCGAGUUCCAGCGCAUGUCUGCGCUCCGCUUGGCAGCAUGCAAAAGGAAAGAACAAGAACAUGGGAAGGAUAGAGGCAACACACCCAAAAAGCCGAGGUUGGUCUUCACAGAUGUCCAGCGUCGAACUCUACAUGCAAUAUUCAAGGAAAAUAAGCGUCCAUCCAAAGAAUUGCAAAUCACUAUUUCCCAGCAGCUGGGGUUGGAGCUGAGCACGGUCAGCAAUUUCUUCAUGAACGCAAGGAGGAGGAGUCUGGACAAGUGGCAGGACGAGGGCAGCUCCAAUUCAGGCAACUCAUCUUCUUCAUCAAGCACUUGUACCAAAGCAUGAAGGAACACCCACAAACUAAACCUCGGUGGAAAAGCUUUAAAUAAAAAAAUUUUUAAAAGACCAGGACCUCAAGAUAGCAGGUUUAUACUUAGAAAUAUUUGAAGAAAAAAAAAAAGUGUUAUUUAUAGUCCAAAGAAACCAAAGACUUAGCUCACCUGCAUUCUGACUUUGUUCGGAGACACACACUUCAGCGGGGCAACGACUUGGCAAGAGAAAAUAUGAGCAGAAAAGCACCACUGGAUCUCACACCUUCAAUCCAUGAUCAUUCUCGCUGUGCUUGGCUGUUUUGUGGUUUGGAGCAUAGUGAUUUUGAGCCAUUGAGUGGACAUCUUUUAAGAUCAGACUUUCUCAUCUGUUCCACUAUGCCACGAAGGUGUAUGGUGUCUCAGUACUGUGUGUGGGUACGUGAGUGCAUACACAUACAUACACACACACACACACACACACACACACACACACACACGCAUCACCAGUGGUUAGGGACUUAGGCAGGCUGGUCUUCAGGAAGGGUUGUGCUAUAGGAGUGCACCCAACAUAGUGUGGGGUUGUCUGAGUUCAUUGGAUAGGAGUGUGAUUUCGCUCGUCUAGCCUAGCGUUUGAACCUGCCAGGCCCGCAACCUAAAUGCAGAUUCAAACCCAGCAAAGAAAAUUUGAAUGACACCUAAACCAGUGCAUUCUCUUUGUUUGUUAAGGAAUGUUCAGAUAUUUUUUAAGAAAUGAAACAAGAGUCCAUCCAUUAAAAGAAAAAUCACCUAGGUACCAAAGAACACACUUAAUAUUAUAGUGCAGGUAUUUUAUUGCAAUGAUUUUAAUAACCAAAGCUAUUUUUACACAAGAUACUAUGUAAAGUUAUACGUAUAAACUGAUCUAGCUGUAAUACACAUGCCACAUAGAAUCAUGACUAUUAUUUAUGACUCUUGAAGCAUUUGAAAUAUUAGUUUUCAGAACUGGCAAGAAAGAAUGUAGCUUCAGGGAAGCAUUUAAUAUCAGAACAGAGAGGUCAGUGUAGUAUACAUGUACAUCCAGAUGGCACACUCCCUUUCGGGAUCCAUAAAUGAUACUUAGACAUAUAGACAUGAUGCCAUAAUCUGUUCAUAGCUGAGAAAACCUGGGGAUUCUUCCAAAGUAGGACCCCAUUUAUAAAUUAGAAAACUAAGUUUAACAGAGCAAACAAUUAAAUUAGAACAUUUGUUCAAAGUAAUGCUUUUUUAGUAAAAGACCACUGAAUAAAGGAUAUCAUACUUGGGUUAAUUUGACUGAAAGUUGCUUUAUGCAUUUGACACCAAAUACCUUUUUAAAAUAUUUUACGAACACACAAAGUGAGCAGACCAACAUUAUUAUUAAAAUGAACUAUCCAGUAUUUGUAACCAAAUUGAUCUUAGCCAAUCUCAGACAUAUUAUGACUUGAACAUCAAUAAAAAUAGCAGAGGCAACUGAGAAGUGGUGGAACGCCAUAGAAAAAACCAGAGUUCUAGUGGAAGACAAGACUUUGGGUUCUAUUGGCGUAAAGCUGUUUACUUCACUAAGCAUAGCCUCCAAAGUAUACUACAUUCUUUCUUGCUACUGCAUUAAGCUGGAAAUUUUCUAACAGAGUCUACUCUCUAACAGGGACAGAUAAAACACUAGAUCUGAGCUUCCAAAUACAAAAUUUUCAAUUUCUGUUUUUCCAAAUCACUUAACCAGAACUGGAGAAAUCAAGGGGGAAGAAAAAAACUAAUACAGUUGUACUAGCAGUACCCAAGUAAAUCACUUGCUUCCCAGAAAAAUUCUCUCUGAACUCCAUUGAAUUGUAACUCAAACAAAUGGAUGUCUUUUGUACUAUUAGGUAAAGAAUUGGGUACUCUUGGUUAAUUAGCACACCUAAUUAGAGAUAUGAAGUGAAAUGUUAUCACAACAAUAAGUUGUUAAUUGAUAUUCAUUAAAAUGCUAAAGGAAAAAUAUUGAACCAUCUUGACACAAAACCUAACUCCUUAAGGUCAAGUCUCAGCGUCUUGUCUAGGUCUAGAAAGAGACAGGCACCUGGAGAGAUGAAACUAAACCAACAAGCCAUCUGGAUUUCCUUCAUGUCUGCUGUAGAAUGAGAAAAGCAAACCAACACAUACUUCUCCUUUAAUGAAAUAGUGCAUUUGCCUUGACACAUUUUGUCUUAGUAUUUUUUUUUGUCUCAUACCAAACUCCAGCUUAAAAAUUUCUCUUCUAAAUAUGGCACAACUACAGUUCAGCUAUUAAAAGAGAGCAUUUCAGUGGCCACCCUUAGAGAUUUGCUUAACAUAUAAUCUUGUCAAUGACAUAAACCAAAAGGAAAAAAACUGAUUAACUUUUUCACUCUCUCCAGGAAUGGUGGGGGCCAGGGGUACAGCUAUAAUAAUAUAUUUAUAAUUCAGGAGGGAGGAAAGCCUUAUUUAUUUAAAACAUGAGAAUAUUAAAUGCAGGGACAUUCAAGCUGUGUCUACACACAAUCUUACCAAAUUCAGCUCCCCAGGAAAAACAAAAGUUGAAUUCAAACACCAUGGUUUUUAGUUCGUUUGUGCUACAUAACCCCUUCAGAUUGAUCCAAUUGCAUUUGACCUUUCAACCAAUUAUUUUGGUACUGUGUAGACACAGUCUCAGAGAAUAUUGCUACAUUUCUAAUAUUCCCAUCAUAAUGCUUUUUUGAAAAAAAAAAUACAGUGAUCCUAUUUGCUGACACCAAAGAUAAUUUUCAUACCAGCAUUGAAUUUGCACCCAUUACGCAAUUUCAGGGCCUAGAGAUAUAUUUUCUCAUAAACAGAUGCACAAAUCAGAGCCUGAAAAGCAAUUUUUUUACUUGACUUUUCAAGUAUACUCACAACCUUUGCUUUUUAGAAAUCAUAACGACAAACUCAGCUUCUCAUGAGCAAUAUACUCGUUACGUCAUGUACAACUGAUUCUUUAUUGCUUCUAACUUGGCAUGUGGCAUUAAUUUAUGGCUCAGCUUUCUUAACCUACCACACUCAACGGAGCAGAUCACAUGCCAUUUGCUCAUCCAUUAUUCUCAAUCCUUUUGGAAAAUUCACCUAAAAAGGUAUCUCAUUUUUUCAUUUGUAUGUUUGUUUCUUCCAGAACUGCACUUCACUUAACAUGUUUUGGGGUUCUGUGGGGUUUUUUUUUUGGUAGAAUGGAAGUUAGACUGUUUUUCACCAUAAACCAUUCAGGUCCUCUCAUGCCUAGAAGUUUCCCUGAAAGGGGGCAAAGAAAGAGAGUGGAAGAUGAGAAGUCUGGAUACUCCAGAAGCCCAGACUUCAGUAAAUGUUCAGGUAAAUGAAUUCUGAAUGUCAGGAACUAAGUAUUCAGUCCCUGGAUGCAGCUGUCAUAGACCCCAAAACCCAAAGAAAAUGUGGGGAAAUUCAGAAAUUCUAACUGAAUAUGUCACUCACUCUGCACCCCCCCCCAAAAAAAAGCAUAAUUAAUUUUCCAGGACAAAAAAGUAAAAGCACCAUGCUACUUUUGGACUCAUGCCACUCCCAUUGCUACCCCAGGUGAAUGAUCCAUCUUUGCAGGUUAAAUGCAAACUUUGCUAUACCAAAGAGUCCUAGGACAUUUUCACAUGAGCUAUAAAGGCAUUUUCUGUAAGAAAGGUCCUCCCUUCUUUGUACAUAAAGGAUGAAAACUAUGCAUUUAGCAAACAAAGAGAAAGCACUUCCCCCUUUCCUAUCUAGUUGUUUAGGGUGCAUUCAAACACCAGAGGCCAUUUUGAGAUGCGAUUGGCCUUCUGGAUUAUUCUUGUGGUGUGGUUAGCUUUACAGUACAUUUGGUAACUAUUUCCUAAAUAGUAAGGACAAAGAAGCAGAAGGUAAGAAAUAGCUACUUCCACGUGUAAAAAAAAAAAAGAAAAAAAAAAGAAAAAGAAAAAAAAAAGUGUAAAGAUCUACUAUUUAUAGUGUGAACCAAAGACGCUACCUCACUCGAUUUCCAUUGGUGAUUUUAAUCACAUUGAUGAUACCAAAGAAUACCAAAGAUAUUUUCAUGCACGGCCUUGGUCUGCAGAGGGAACUCCACCCUUUUCCCUCCCCCACCUCUCCUCCCCUCCUCACUCUUCACUCAGUGUGUAAACUUGUCUUCAUUCUUAAUAAUAAUGAUACGAAAUGAUAACAACAACAUUAGGAAAUACUACUCUUACUACUGCUAGUUCUACUUGUAAAUCUCUAGGCAAACAUGUUGCAAACUUUGUAAACUCCUAGGAUGAGUGCCUUGCUUGAACCAAAGUGUUAAACCGCUGUUGACCUCUCACCUUAUACUCUUUGAAUACCUCAGCCUCUUAGAAAGGCCACUAAUGAAAAAAAAAAAAAAAAGGAAUAAUUAUUCACCG